ACUUCACAAAGUUAGCAGUGAGAGGUCCAAUGUGUGGCAGUUUUUUCACCCUUGUUGGGAAGAUCCACCGGAUUUGUAAUUGGCCGUCAGUGUGUCGGGAUGAAGACGUGCUUUGCACACUACUUCAAACACUUUGGCGUUCCCUUUUUUCUUACCAAGACUUCUUCCAUCACACUCUGCCCAUUUCAAACCAGGCUGCUGGUUUCAAACCAGGCUGCUCAUUUGGAAGGACGCCAGACCGCAGGCUUUCUAAUCUGCAAAUUCAGUCCAAUAAACGGUGACAUUGGCUGUCAGCGUUGGAAUAAGAAAUCGAUAGGCUACUCAAAAAAGGGACGCGAUAUUCUUUCGGAAUUUUAACGAUCUAUUUCCUGUAUCCUUAUAACCAUGCAAAUUGGGGGUAUGCUGGAGUGGUUCAACUACUCACAUUUUCAAAUGGAGCAAUGCUGAUAGUGACAGAUUAUUGUUGUUGAGUGUCCAUGCAAGUAUUGGGGUGGAAACAUGUCUGGCCACUUCUUUGAGAGGAUCACUGCUAUCAGAGAUGGCAUUUUGGUCCAGCACUUCGGUUUUUACCUCUAAAGUGCCCAGGAAAAUUUUAUUCAUGUUCACCCUCUCCCUUUCUGUCACCUACUUGUUCUAUAGCUUGAUGAGCUGUUACAACUCGUUACAGUUCCCCUUGCAAGAGAACUACGUGUACCAAGGGAGGCUGGUGACGGAGGAGACAACUUUCGUAACAUUAAGGGAGAAACUUUAUUCCACUUCACCCCAGGGCUAUUUGGACGAGGAGCUGAUAGAGGUUACUGCCGCCGCCGCCGAGCAAACGGUUGCAAUUUCCACUGUCAAAGAUAAUGUGGAGACCGAGCAAAGAACAUUGGAUUGGGUUAGGAAUCAGGCGGCUCCGACUAAAACUGCCGCGGUGUAUCAAUCUCCCGCUCUGGAGAGGGAGCACCAGGAAUUCAGCACCACGGACAACGAACUCAGGGUGAACUGCACCUCGGAUUAUGGGGUGAAAAAAUUACCCCAAGCUAUUAUAAUUGGGGUGAAGAAAGGAGGCACCAGGGCUCUGCUCGAAGCUUUGAGGGUCCAUCCCGAUAUCAGAGCCGUUGGGAAUGAGCCGCAUUUCUUCGACAGGAACUACGAGAAAGGGCUGGAUUGGUACAGCGUCAUGACAGUACCCUCAAAGUUCAUCACUAAGCUAAGGAUCCUGGGACUAAACACCUCCCACUGCAACUGGAUCCUGGACUUCCUGACGGGCCGCCCCCAGGUGGUGAGGGUUGGUCGCAACACAUCCGGCAUGCUGAUCCUCGACAAAGUCUAUUCCCCCUCAGGAAACUAA